AUGGCCGAUCGAUUGACACAGCUCCAAGUGUGUUUGGAUCAACUCAUAGAGCAGUUCAAUGCCACCAUCAAUUAUGUGAACAUGAAUGCAGAGCCCGCAAAGUUAGAUACGGAUCCCAAUUCAGUUACAAACAUCGCAGCUCAAGCACCCCUACCAGGCCAUGCUGAUCAAAAGGAAACGAAUGAAGUAAAACCCGACUUUGAUACGACUAUAAAUGAGUUGAGCAGUGACAUAAUAAUCAAAAGUCGACAAAUAUCCAUGCUCAUAGAUGGGCUUCCAGGUAUUGGCGUUCCUCCAAGCGAGCAGCUUCAAUUGAUUGAAUCGCUAGUGGAGGAACUACGAAAGGUUGAAAAAGAAAGAUUGGCAAAGAUAGCGAAAAAAGACGCAUUGCUCAAAUGGACGGAGGAACUUAUUGUUGACGUUGCCAAUGGCAUCACUCAGACUCGAAAACAAUAA